UAAACAUUAAAUUAAUGCCGGUUUUCUGAAUUAUGUCCAGUCUAAAGUCAAAUGAAAUGGACACCAAUCCGGCUCCGGAUCCCCAGGCGCCGAUCACCCGCAAAGGCUUCCUCAUUUCGCUCAACAGCGGCACACCCAUGCCCAUUCCCGAGCAGAAUCUGUUUGGCCGCUGCCGUCCCGUCUCCGAAUUCGAGAAACUGAAUCGCGUGGGCGAAGGGAGCUACGGAAUUGUCUAUCGCGCACGUGACACCCGCAGCAAUGAGAUCGUGGCCUUGAAGAAGGUCCGCAUGGACCAGGAGAAGGACGGCCUGCCCGUCAGUGGACUGCGCGAGAUCAUGAUCCUGAAGCAGUGCCACCAUGAGAACAUAGUCCGCCUGCGAGAGGUGGUCGUGGGUAAGAGCCUGGACAGCAUCUUCCUGGUGAUGGAUUUCUGUGAGCAGGACCUGGCGUCCGUGCUGGACAACAUGUCGCAGCCCUUCACCGAGUCCGAGGUCAAGUGCAUCACGCUUCAGGUCCUGAAGGCAUUGAAGUACCUCCAUGCUCGGCACAUGAUCCACAGGGAUCUGAAGGUUUCCAAUCUCCUGAUGACCGACAAGGGAUGCAUCAAAGUUGCUGAUUUUGGCCUGGCCCGUAUGUUCAGCAAUCCCCCGAAGCCCAUGACCCCGCAGAUGGUUACUUUGUGGUACCGAGCACCGGAACUCCUCCUGGGCUGCCGGACACACACUACGGCGGUGGACAUGUGGGCAUUUGGCUGCAUUCUGGGGGAACUGCUGCUCGGAAAACCGCUGCUGCCGGGCAAUUCGGAGAUCGCGCAGCUGGACAUGAUUAUCGAUCUCUUGGGCGCCCCGUCGGAGUCCAUUUGGCCUGGCUUUGCCGAUCUGCCCGCUGUGCAGAACUUCACCCUGAGCCAGCAGCCGUACAAUAAUCUCAAAACCAAGUUCCACAUGAUUGGCCAGUCGGGCAGGAAUCUCCUGAACAUUUUGUUCAUCUACAACCCAAAUACCAGAGCCACGGCCGAGGAGUGCUUGAAUAGCAAGUACUUUGUGGAUCCGCCGAUGGCCUGCGACCCCCGCAUGAUGCCCACUUUCCCGCAGCACCGGAACAAUGCUGCAGCUGCUCCACCUGCCCAGCCGCCCGCCGACAUUCCCAUUUCCGAUCUGCUCAAUGUAUUCAUCAAGCGCCAACGCAUGGAUUAAACGAGAACGAAUUUA